UUGAAGCGGAGAUCCACGAAGGCUAAAAUAGUCAAAUCAGAGAUCAUUUCUGCUUUCUUGAACGGAACAACAAGCAGCCCAUGCCAUGAGACUUUGUACUCUGAUGGCCAACGACCUCAGCAUGUGUUAAAUGCUUCGCUACAGCCAAAUCUGAGAUAGUCCCUCAGACUCUCUCUCUUUCACUUUGUUGUUUAUUUGAUCUAUUUUUCUCUCAAUGCCUUGAAAUACAUUUUUUUUUUCCCGAGAAAAUACCUUCCCAAACAAAACAUUUUCCCGAGAAAAAAAAAAUGUCUGACGCUUUGAUCAAUGGACUCUCCGGAGCCGGAGGCGGGAUCAUAGCUCAGCUCAUCACAUAUCCUCUUCAAACUGUGAAUACUCGUCAACAAACAGAGCGUGAUCUGAAGAAGAAGAAGAGGAAGCUCGGAACAAUUGAAGAAAUGUGCCAGGUGGUAAAACAUGAGGGAUGGGGACGAUUGUAUGGAGGGUUAACACCAUCUCUAGUCGGCACCGCCGCCUCUCAGGGUGUUUAUUAUUAUUUCUAUCAAAUAUUCAGGAACAAGGCCGAAGCUGCUUCGCUUGAACGUAUGAAAAAAGGGGUAGGUGAUGGAUCAGUUGGAAUGCUUGCAUCACUUGGGGUGGCUGCUUUAUCAGGGUGUGUGAAUGUGCUUUUGACAAACCCUAUAUGGGUAGUCGUCACACGCAUGCAGCAGACGCAUACAAAAACCUCAAAGAAGAUUCAGCCUGAUCAGAGUCAGAUGCUGUCAGUAGAUCCAAGCGAAACAAUUCUUGCUGCAAGUGAGCUUCCUCCCUAUGGAACUAACCAUGCGAUUCAAGAAGUCUUUGAUGAAGCUGGAGUUUGGGGUUUCUGGAAAGGUGUAUUCCCCACGUUGUUCAUGGUGAGCAAUCCUUCCAUUCAAUUCAUGCUGUAUGAAACCAUGUUGAAGAAGCUGAAGAAAAGACGUGCAUUGGAUAGGAAGGGCGACAAUGGAGUGACCGCUGUUGAGAUAUUUCUUCUUGGUGCUUUGGCAAAACUCGGAGCUACCGUUGUUACGUAUCCUCUUUUAGUUGUUAAGUCGAGGCUUCAAGCGAAACAGGUUUCUACAGGAGAUAAAAGGCAUCAGUAUAAAGGAACAUUGGAUGCAGUUCUAAAGAUGAUCCGUUAUGAAGGCUUCUAUGGCUUUUACAAAGGGAUGAGUACAAAAAUCGUGCAAAGUGUUCUUGCUGCUGCUGUUCUAUUCAUGGUUAAGGAAGAACUUGUGAAGGGUGCUCGGUUCUUGCUUACUAAGGAUGCUAGUGCAGUCAAAUCAAAGCCUCUAUGAUAUUGAUUACUCCCCUCCAUUUUUUCUUUUUCUUUUCACAGUCACAAUGGGGCGUCACUUAGAUAAUUGUUUAUUUAAAGUGUGAGACAGCAUCAGAAAACAUGUAUGCCAAAAUAAAAUCAUGUAAAAGGAUAUAUGAUUGGAAAUAUUAUAUUAGGAUUAUAAUCCUGUUAUAUUCUUUAGACUUCCUAAUGCGACACAUAGCCUUCUUUCA